UCAUGGUGUGAUCACGUGUGUUUUGAAAACUUCCCACGAACGGAACAGAACAGGCGGUUUGUAGCAUUCAGCUCGAGGCUCACAACAUCUGUACGCUUUGAUAAACAUCCGCUUCUAGCUCUUAGAAGAGCGUCUCUACCUUUCGUUGGCUAACGUUAGCGUUAGCUCGUACCAGCGCUGUGGACAGUCGGGUCCCGCUUUCGCGUGAGGAUUGCACCGGUUUCGGUUUGACGUAUACGUUGGUACCGUUAGCAUUAUCUGUGUUAGCACAUUCGGUUAAAUAAAAAAUAAUCACUACAGUGUAGUCAAGCAAAACGUGUCGUUAAAAUGGUGUUCUUCACCUGCAACGGCUGUGGUGAAUCCCUGAAAAAAACCCAGGUUGAUAAACACGUGGGCAUGUGCCGAGGAUGCCAGGUGCUGUCCUGCAUCGAUUGUGGAAAAGAUUUCUGGGGUGAUGACUACAAGAACCACGUUAAAUGUAUCAGUGAAGACCAGAAGUAUGGAGGCAAAGGCUACGAGGCUAAGGCAAACAAAGGAGACGUGAAACAGCAGCAGUGGAUCCAGAGAGUCCAAGACGCCAUGAACAAACCUGGAGUCAGUGCAAAGCUAAAGGGUGUGCUCCAGCAAGUCAGUGCUUAUGAUAAUGUCCCAAGAAAGAAGGCUAAGUUCCAGAACUGGAUGAGAAACAGUCUUAAAAUAUCUAACACCAGCCUUCAUGAUGAAGUGUGGGACAUCUUCGCUGCAGCUGGCAAUCCUCCCGAGGCCCCCCAGGGGACUAAAGAAGCCGAGCAGACAGUUGCUGAAGUCAAAGCGGAUUCUAAUGGAAAUGAAAAUCAAGACGGUGCGAAGAAGAAACUGAACAAACUCGAGCGCAAAGAGGCCCGUCAGCAGAAGAAUAGGAAGGUUGCGAAAGGUGCCGAUAAGGCGGUUGCAGAAGAGCCAGGAGAAGGCAAGAAGAAGAAAAGGGACAGAAAGAGAAAGCACGGCUCCGAGGAAGACGCCGAUGAAGAGCAGAACGGUGCCGAUGAAGAGACAUCCAGCAAGAAGUCAAAGACAGUUGACCAAGAGGCUGAUGUCACUUCAGAGGAGACUGAGGAUCAAGAAGUUCCCAAAGGCAAAUUCAACUGGAAAGGAAAUAUCAAAGCAGUACUGAGAGAUUCAGCUGACCAGGAACUGCCAGUAAAGAAACUUAGGAAGAAGGUUGUGGCAGCAUACUACUCUUUCACUGGUGAUAGUAAUUUUAAAAAAGAGGAGGAGGUGCUUGCACUUUUCAACAAGAAGGUCAACAGCAAUCCCAAAUUUCGAGUCUUGAAAGAAAGAGUUAGACUUGUAAAGUAGACGUGUUUAUCUCCCCCGUCUGACAUGAAAUGUAUGUUGUUCAUAGACUUUUGAAAUUUAAACGCCCCAUAUAGUUGUCUGCCGUCCUCCCUUGGAUGUUUUUGUACAGAUGACCUAAUCUCGAAGAUUAAAUAAUUUUAUAACUGAAUUACAUGUCCUGUUCCCGUUCAGUAUCAUAACUGAUUGCAGUGGCCUCGUCAGCAGGAGGAAGACUUUUUUUUACAAAUCGCCUCACAACGUGUCUGUAUUGUUUUAUGUAUGAAAUGACAAUUGUGAUAGACGGCUCCUCUGUUCCACAUUCCAAGCCCACGGUAAGGCUGGGAAAUGGCACCUUAUCUGUGGGAUUGGAUGUUGGAGUGGGGGAAGGGAAAUAGGAGAGGUGCACCUGAGGUGAAUUUGACUCUCACACGGGACGAAGCUAAUGCACAUUCCUCGGCACCCCGAACGGGGUUAACUUGGCCAGGUACACAGAAGCUCCAUAGAAGCAAGACGCUUGGUGUCAGCCUCAGGUGAAGUUUUAAUGCUGUCUGAUUUUCCACCGCUAGAAUGAGCAGCCCCUUUACCCUGUGUGUACACACACACACACACACACACACACACAGACACACACAGACAGAGGAGGAAAUCUGCCCACCUUUAUGAAGCUCUGCUAAUCCCAGCAGGUUUAACACUGAUGCUCAUUCAUCACACUGCUUACUUGUAAUUGUAUAUUGCAUACUUUGGGUAUUAGUCAAGCUGUUACUCAAGUUUGCCGGUAUUAAAAUAGUGUUUUCUUGUCCACAGUGUGACUCAAUAUUGCUCAAUGCUUUUGUUUGAAUCCAGACCCCACAGGAUACUCCAGAACAGCUGAAACUAAGCCCGUCUUUGCUGUGGCAAAACAGAUCUCCAAUCGACAUUUUAUUUGUGCCAUUUGAUAUCGCAGGAUUAACUGUGUUUUUAUGGGGCAGUUUCACUAAAAUUUGGUCUUGGUGGCAGUCAUAUAUCUGAUCAAUGCCAUUUUAAUUUGUUUCCCUUGGGUAUUGAAGUGAGAAUGCCUUUUCUGAAAGAAGAAACCAUGUUUUCUCUUCAAGAUGAAAUGUUGAAGUCCUUGAUGUCCUGAGUAAUAAAACACUUGCUUGUUUCAAUACAGUCAGCAGUUUUUCCACUAAAGCCUUUAUGAUCCUUCUCUGCUGGUGCUACUGUUAAAUUAUCUUUGAGAGCUUAUGUUUAAUCAUUAAUAGUGAACUAACUCUUCAAAACACACCCUUAAUACAGCCUUUACCUGGUCUGGUAUGACCAGUAGCUUAUGGUGGAUUCUAAGAGUCUUCUCUACUCGUCUUAUAGUUGCAUUUCGUUUUAGCAUUCAUCAUUUUCUCUCUAUUGUUUAACAUAAAGCACUGUACAGCGGUAAGUACACCUUGUGCUAUCGUAAGGAGGUGGUAAACAUGGCCAGGUAUUUCUUCUUUUACUAAUCCCCAGUGUAAAAACCAAAGUAUGACACUCUUAUCUGGUGCAUCUGCACAGGAAUAAUGAGUGCAAAGGAGCUUAUGACCGUGUCACCGUUACCUGUUUGUGAACAAAACUCAACAUGUUUUCCCAAAAGGCUUUUACCAUAUUAAUAUAAACAAGGGUGGUUUAUUAUUAGUUACACCUCUUUCAGUAUAACACAAUACUAUCCAAUGGUACAACAAAUUACAGAUGCCAAUAAAUGAUUUAGGACUCACUGCAGGACUGUUUCUAAAAAUGUAUUCGUUUUAGAUGUACCUUUAUAAACUGGCAUCAGAAUGUAUAUUGUGACUGUUUGCUAUAGAAUAAGUGGUAGCAGCAAGCUUUAUUCACUUUCCUUCUCUGCAGGUGUCCAGUCUGUGCCAGAUUGAAAUUGAGAGUGAAAUAGGACAACGGUAUCAGUAGUGUCAGAUUCUUGCCCGUGCUAUGUAAAAGUAUACAUUCAAGAUAAAUGUUGAAACACAGCCAGCUGCUAUGCAUUUUGCAAAGUUUUUGUCGGAUGGGAACAAGUGUCCUGUUCAUUCAAAUAUCCUGUUACCGCUUUGAGGUUGUUCUGGUUCGUGUCAAGAUAGUCUUUGUGGAAAAUGUUCUCAAACACAUGGUUGUUCUUUAUUCAAAGUAUUGUUGUGUUCUGUAGUAGGGUACAGAUAAUGAAAUAAUAUUUACCUUUUUGCAAGUGCUAGAACAAACAUUCACUGUAAUCAUACUAUAAAUAUAGAGUUUAGUGUAUGCAUCACAAGUCCUAUAUUGUUGGUCCCAUAGAGUUUGCUAUUGAAUAACCUGCUUCUCUUAGCCAAGUUUUGUAUUUAUACAUGUAAAUGUGGGGAAAUUAAACAUUGUUUCAUAAACUCAAAA